AUGGAGGAGCCGAGCAGUAGUUCGUCGUGGACCCGAGAGCAGGAGAAGGCUUUCGAGAACGCGCUCGCGCUCCAUCCCGAGGAUUCUCCCGACAGGUGGGAGCGGAUUGCGGAGGCCGUGAGUGGGAAGUCCGUGGAUGAUAUCAAGCUCCACUACGAGCUCCUGAUCGAGGACAUCAAUGGGAUCGAAUCGGGGCUCGUGCCUUUGCCUUGUUAUGUUUCCUCGUCGGAUUCUCCGGCCGAGCACGCCGGCGAAGGCGGUGCGGGAUCUAAGAAGGGUUCCCAUUCUCAUGGUGAUCUUGGUCACGGGGGCAAGGGAUCUAGGGCCGAUCAAGAACGCCGCAAAGGAAUAGCGUGGACUGAGGAGGAGCACAGGUGAGCUCCAUCGAACUCCCACUGGUUUUAUCGAUGAGCAACUGCGCCGUCUCUAGCUCAAUUGAUUUGUUCCAGCCGGGACCAGUUGGUCCCAAGUGAACUAGAUCCACUCCUGAAGUGGGUAUUAUUUCAAAGAAAUCAUGGCCGCUUUAGGAAUGUUGUCUGGAAUCCUGCUUCUGAAUAUCAUUGCUAGGAGUUCGUUUUUCUGCUUUUGAGGCUUGAAACUGUCCAUUGCGUGCCCCACGAUGGUUUUCUUGAAGGCACCGAGGACGACAUCUCCGUAACCAGUCACCGAAACAGUGGACUUUGGAGGAAGGGUUUUAGGGGAACCACUGGGUUUUGCUAUUUUUCUUGCCAAUUGCCUGUCUUGCUUUUGUGAACAGUAGUAGUCUCUGCCAUGAGAGAGUCUUCAUAACAGUUUCGAUUCUCUGCUAUAACUUGGAAGCGAUUAACCCCGUUACGAGAAAUUUAUGGCAAAACCCACAUGCUAAAUACCACGAAUGGCUCAAAAUUCCUCGUGUUUUCAGAAUUUUUUUAAGCCUUUCGGUUUUGAAUUUGACUCAGGAGGGCAAGGAUCAGUCACAACUUCAUGCUUUCUGCUCAUCGUCACUUGAACAAGAAGAAUCAAAUUUUUUUAUAGUUUUUUUUCUUCAUCGAACUUAAUCGUGCUGUUCAUUGGUCUAUGCUGUGCCCUGUUUCUAUGCCUAGGAACUAUACGUCGAUCACAAAGGCGUGGAGUCCUUUCUAUAUUCUGCUUCCCACUUGUAGAAAGGAACCUUAUUCUAGUCGUGGAUUAGAGUUUCAUUUGAUUAGGAUUCUGAGAGCUAAAAUGGAAACAUCAUCAGACACCAAGAACUUUAGAGGGUAUUUCGUCAAUGAAGCUGAAACAAUGGAGUGAGAAUCCUCUUCUCCUCGUAGAAAGGAUUCAUGUGCUUCCAUCUUUCGACAAAGGAUGCUUGUGGGUCUGGGCUUUGCAUAUAUACGCUGAGGACGCCGAUGUAAUUGCUUUACCUGUGCAUUGAUUGAAGAAGCACUUUGAGCUUUUGGUUGGUCCCUCUUUGCUUGUAAAGAUUGGACAUGGGUAAGCUCACGCGCUGACUUAGAGGCAUGUUCGCGUAUUCUAAGUUAUUGGGAAAUUUGUCACUGUUCGGAUUCUGAUAACAUCAUGUUUUCUUCAAACGCCUAAGUUUGGGGUCAUGUUUGACGCGUUUGCAUGAACAUGAUUGCUCUAAUGAUUAACAAGUAAUUCCCAAGACGUGGAAACCUAGUGAUUCGGUGACUUAACUGAGUCCAAGUCUCUUGAACAAGAUUCUAUAUUCCCGUCUUUAUCUAGAUUGACCCGUACAUGUUGCAAGCAUCGUAAAAAGAAUAGUGUUUCUUCCUCUCUACUGGAUUUUGGGUAUGUUUUGAGAUGGGGGAUCCCACUUCUUCGUAAACCUCCACUGAAAUUGGUACCAAUCUGUGGUUUAGGUGAAUUCCUCAGCUUCGAUCUUUGAUUGAACGCGUCAAAUUUUAAUUAUCUGUGCUGGAUUUUCUUGCUUUCCCCUUUCAUGCAUCAAUUUAGGGUUAUAAGUGAUUUGAAGAUCUCCUGAAUCUGACGAAAAAAAUAUUAGAAGGAUCGUGGACUUACUGAUGGCCGCUCUAAUUACACCGUGAUAUCGCCUUGUUAUUAUACUUGAACUCAAUCCAAUUUCAUAAUAAUAUGAGACUGUUCUUAAGAAAUGAAAGAAUGGGAUCGCGUCGAGAUGAGUGAUGUAUCCGUGCACAUUAAGUUCUUUAUUUUAAGAGCUCUUUAGUUUCAUCCUUUUCCCAAUCUAUCAAACUGCCAUUAAUCCUUUUUAUUUUAUUGUUCUAACUGAAUCAUCGGUUUCCUUUUGUUAGAUCUGACCUAUCCUUGGUUCAAUCUUGAUUAUGACUUCGCCAAUUCUUUUCCUUCCUUGGUAGAGGUUCUGAAGGCAGUCAACAGAUUAUAAAUGCCCCAUGCUAAGACGAUCAGUUUUCUUCUGGCUUGCAUCCCUCUACUUUUUCUAUUAUGUUAUGGGAAUUUUGUUCCAAUCAGAGAUACAAUUCAAAUACCUUUCCUGGACAUGGCCUGGCCUCUUUGUAUUUUUUCAUAAUGGUUGAAUCAUUCCGUGGGUUUUUGUAAUUAAACGAGUUUGAUUGCACCAAGGCUUUUGUGAUCAUCUUCUUGCGAUGUAUGAGUAAAAUCUUGCAUAUCCUUCCUGCAUUUUCCCUUGAUCGUCCAUGAGGAACGCCUUGCUCUUCGAUUAAUGGUCAAACCUCUCUGGAAUUUAUUGGAAAAAUAGUAUUCUUUGUUGAAGGCUUUCAGAUUUUAUUUUUUUUCAAAGGACAUAUUUAGUGUAGCAAAUGAACAGAUUUUGGUAACUUUUAUCUUCGAUUUCAUUGCCACCUUCAUGUUCUCGUAUUUAUUCAUUGAUUUCUUUCUUUUGUUUCUAGGCUUUUACUUGAUUCCUGAUAUGCUAUUUCUCUCUGCUCACAUAAAAGAAUAUUUUCUCGGAAAACAGUUACAUGAUAUUGUUUCAACGAUUUACAAUUUCUUAGAUUUUUAGACUGGAAAAAUAUACUUUUCAUCAGUGGAAAUGAAAAAGCAGGAAGAUAGUGGAAGAAGGGAGAGGGGCUUUUGAGCUGCCAAAAAAGGGAAUUAGAGAAGAAGAAAACUACGAAACCGAUGAUGUAAUCUAGGACAUUGAUAAUUUGAAUCUUUGUAACCCGAUUUGCUUGAGGGUAUCUUUCAUUCAUGAAAUGGGUCUUCAUUUAACGUUGGCGCCAAUAUUUCCUUUCAUGUCCAUUGCUGCUGAAUCAAUCUCGUUCAAUCCCUGUCAGCUCUAACUUGGCACUGUAUCCGUACGUUUGCGAAUGCCUUCCUAAGUUAGCAAGUCCUGAAUUCGCUGUAUUGGCUUCCCCAUUUUCUAUGUACAGGAGAUCCUUCUUGGAGCAGGGAGCUUUCAGGAUCUCUUCUUUGAUGAGCCUUUUCUUCUGUCAAUUGGGUGCUGGAACUUUCAUGAUAGUUCAGGCAACCAUGCCUUUCCACGGUUAAUGCCAUUCGCUUUCGACACCUCUUCAGCCUGCCUUGGAUUCUACGAGAAAAUGCUUUUACUUCCAAUUAAAUCUUGAUUUCGGGCCGAACAAUUUCCAUUUGUGGCUUGAUAUUUCGGAGUGCCGAUGAACACUGUUCGUGCGUGGUACCGAUCCCAAGACGGGGUUUUGAUUAUUUUUGGUCUCGUCGAGCAGGUUGUUUCUACUCGGGCUCGACAAAUACGGGAAAGGCGACUGGAGGAGCAUAUCCAGGAAUUUUGUGAUAUCGAGGACGCCGACGCAGGUGGCCAGCCAUGCCCAGAAGUACUUCAUCCGCCUGAAUUCGAUGAACAAGGACAGGCGGCGAUCGAGCAUCCAUGACAUCACCACGGUGAACAAUGGGGAGUCUUCGCCGCAGGGCCCGAUUACUGGGCAGACGAACGGCCCCAGCGUGAGCGCAGCGAAGUCCGGCAAGCCUUCCCCUCAGCCGCCGGCGGGCCCAAACGGAGUUGCCAUUUAUGGGGCGACCACGAUAGGGCAGCCUGUCGGAGGGCCGCUUGUCUCAGCUGUGGGCACUCCGGUCAGCCUUCCUACGCCAGCGCCAAUGGCCUACGGCGUCCGAGCUCCCCCCCCGGGGGCCAUAGUUCAGGGCGCCCCCGUGAAUAUGACCUACCCCAUGCCCCACACCUCUGCUCACCGAUGA